AUGGGCCCUCCCACCGAAACUACACAGAACCUCACCGUAUCAGAUCUCAUCCUGCCAAGUACCAGAGAAUGGAACUUGGAGCUCAUCAAACACAUUCUACCAGCGUAUGAAAAAGAAAUCCGGCUAUUAAAACCAAGUCUACGAGGAGCUAAGGAUAUAUGGGCAUGGUUACCUACCAAAGAUAGUGUAUACUCGGCAAAAUCGGGCUAUUUUGAGUCCACUAACUCUGAGGAUAAAAACAACUCAAGGUGUCAGGACAACCCGACCAGCUUAGAAGAUUUCAACUGGCACAAAUGUAUCUGGUCCCUCAAAACCUCCCCAAAAACCAAGCUGCUCCUUUGGAAAGCAGCCCACAACGCCCUCCCAAUGGGUGCUAACCUCCUACACCGCUCUGUCAGUGACUCUGCAAAAUGCCCUCACUGUGAUGGUGAAGAAACUAUCCUACACCUUCUCUUCCAAUGUCCUUUCGCAGCGAAAACCUGGUCCAUGCUCCCAGUUAAAUCCACCUUACGGGUGGGAACAAUCAAAUCAAUAAAGGAAGGUAUCGAUCUAGCUAAUAAACUUACCUGUUUACCUCCAACUGGUGUAGGGACUAGCCCCAUUGCCCCAUGGCUGCUUUGGUCUAUCUGGACUACCCGUAAUCAGCUAAUUUUUAACAAGAAGAUCGUCUCUGCUGAGGAAACCUUGUCCCUUGCGAUGCAAAGAGCCAAAGAAUGCCCAAUUGCCCUCACCUAA